UCGUGAACGUACACGGACCAAGAAGAGGCGGACAUGGAAGGGUUUUUUCAGAAUGUUCGUCUUUAGUGGGAGUUCUUUCACUUUAUGACGAAACUGAUCGCAGUUCGAAGGUGACCGUCAGUCAGGGUUCGAGAUGGACGCCAAGAAACGAGACAGAAGGUCUCCGGGUCGCGACAGCAGGAUCAAAGUUAAGGAGGAGAAAGUUAGUCCGGCGAGGCCUCAGAGAGCUGAGAGAGCGCGCCGCUCCAGCAGCUCACACUCCGACAGCAGCAGCAGCCCGAGGAGACACGAGCAGCGAGGAAAACACAGAUCGCCAGAAAGAAAGGACCGGUCAUCAGGACGGCAGCGGGAUAGGGAAAGGGACAGGUCCCCCCGAGGCUGGCGGAGUCGAAGUCCACAUCGCAGCACUGAUGUUCGGAUAAAGCGGGAAAAAGAUGAUCAUCGUGAAAGAGGAAACAGGCCAGAUGAGCGGCGGGUGAAGAGGGAAGACGACCGUGAAAGAGGGCAGGAGCGACGAAGAGAGAGGUCCCGCGAGCGGGACGCACGUCUACACCAGCAACAGCAAGAUGAAAGGGAACAACACAAUGAGCGUCGACGAGAAAACCGCCUUAGGCAGGAGGCAGACAGUGCAAACGAGACGCACGUUUUUGGUGGUGAACAGGGAGAAAAUUCUGCCCCCACUGCUGAGAAAGAGAAACCCAACUUUGAACUCUCAGGUGCUCUUGUUGAAGACACAAACACAUAUCGAGGGGUAGUUAUUAAGUACAAUGAGCCUCCUGAGGCUCGGAUCCCUAAGAGGAGGUGGCGACUGUACCCCUUCAAGAAUGAUGAGCCACUUGCAGUCAUGUACAUCCAUCGACAGAGUGCUUAUCUCCUUGGAAGACAAAGGAAGAUUGCUGACAUACCUAUUGACCACCCCUCCUGUUCCAAACAGCAUGCUGUGUUUCAGUACAGGUUGGUGGAGUACACACGAGCAGAUGGUACCGUGGGCAGGAGAGUGAAACCCUACAUUAUUGACCUUGGUUCAGGGAACGGAACUUACCUGAACAAUCAGCGCAUAGAACCACAGCGUUACUACGAGCUCAAGGAGAAGGACGUGCUGAAAUUCGGUUUCAGCAGCCGGGAGUAUGUCCUCCUGCAUGAGUUUUCUGACACAGCUGAGGUUGACGCUAAGAAGGAAGAGGACGAUGACGAAGGCCUUGAUGAGUAGUUGCCUCUCAGUGUUCACCAAAGUACUUUUAUUGUAUUUAGGCUCUUUAAAAGUUCUGACUACACAAUCAGGAUGGCUGUUAUUGACCCAGAUGUUAAUGUGUUUUUUUUGUUGUUUUUUUUCAUUUAUUAAUGGUUUAGACAUGACCGUUAUGUUGUAGACAAGGUUUAUUAAGAAAUACACUGAUAGGCUUCAGCCUGACUACUUUCUGUGUAUAACUCUUAUUCUCAGGUGGACAGCAUAAGCAUUAUAUCAGACAGCUUUGCAUUGUCUGGCACUGCCCAAUGUAGUCCUUUCAAACCAAGUGCUCAGUGCCAGAGCAAAUGACUUAAAUAACAUAUAUAUUUUGGAUAAUUCAUUAUGUUGAUAAAGUGUAACAUCCAGAUUUUUUUCACUGUAAAUAUACUGGAUGUAGUCGAUGUGGGUGGUGUUUCACUUACAUGUCACUUUCUAAGUUUGAAUGAUUGAAGAGCUGUUUCUAGUUUGUAGACAUUUUUAUUUUAAUAUCGCAUAGCAGUGAAAUGUCUUCAUGUCUUUAUUGCCCUAUAAAAUUAAAAAACAGUUUAAGACUGUAUUCUGGUCCACAGGUAAUGACAUUCUUGUUUGAAAAUGUUGGGUUGCAGAUCGGCGUCUUGUUUGCAUUUUAGAUGUUUUGUACUGUAAAAUAAAAACAA